AAACUGUGAAGGUUCCAAAUUUGGCAGGAAGUUGAAUUGCCAUUACAGGAAAUUAGUAUGGGGAUACAAUGUCGUGGAGCUGGAUCUGAUACAUUGUAUUGAUCACACUGUCGGUAAACACAACUCGCUUUGAUAAAGCUGGAAGAGGCAGGAUUUCAGCCCACCACCUGCGCAUCAGGACGGGCUAGAGGCCAUGUCUACAGUGGUGGAUCUCAAGACAAAGGAGGAGAAGGAUGCAGAGCUUGACAGACGGAUCGAGGCCCUGCGCAAGAAGAAUGAAGCUCUGGUCCGGAGGUACCAGGAAAUAGAAGAGGACAAAAAGAAGGCGGAGCAAGAGGGGAUUGCCGUGAAGACGCACCCACCCAGGAAGAGCCGCCCUCACGAUGGCCCGCCAGAGGGAGACAGAUGGAGGACAGAGAAAGAGAGCUUCACUGUCACCGUAGACCUCUCCAAACCUGCAGGGGAGAAACGGGUGAUCAAUGACUGGAAACAAGGGCCACCUCGAGGCAGGCGGGACUCUGAAGAGGGAGACGGCCCCAGAGCCCAAGGUGAAAGCCCUCCGCUGAGGGCCGGGUCCGGGCGGCUCAGCAGGGGUGGACAGAGAGGGGGAGGACCACGGCAGGAGAGGAGAGAGCAACGCCCUGACAGACUCCUAGCAGACCCACGCCAGGCCCAUGACAGACCACCACGAGAGGACAGGGGUCCACGAGAGGACAGGGGUCCACCACGAGAGGACAGAGGUCCUCCACGAGAGGACAGAGGUCCUCCACGAGAGGACAGGGGUCCGCGAGAGGACAGGGGUCCUCCACGAGAGGACAGGGGUCCAGUCAUGGAGGGGCCAGGAGAGGGGCCCGGCCGCAGUGAACGUGCUCCACGCGGAGGACGGAGAGGAAGAGGAGGCCGAGGAGGACGAGAAAGAGAAGAAGGAGGAGGACCACAGGGUGGUGACAGGAAGUCUAAGGAGUGGGAGGAGAAAAGGAGGCAGAACAUUGAGAAGAUGAACGAGGAGAUGGAGAAGAUUGCAGAGUAUGAAAGAGGACAAAGGCCUGCCGAGGGAGACAAGCCCAUCCGUAACUUCCUGGAUGACCCGCGGCGCUCCGGCCCAGUCCCGGACAUGGACCGCAAGGAGGGCAGCCGCCGACAUGUCCGAAACUGGGGUGGAGUAGAUUUUGACAAUGUGAAGACGGGAUCUGAGCUGGAGAAGGAGUGGACAAGUCGGAGACCAGGAGGCCCUAAGGGCUCCAUGGAUAUGACCAUGUCUAUGACGGGCCGGGAGCGUGCCGAGUACCUCCGCUGGAAGAAGGAGCGUGAGGAGAUUGACGAGGAGCGUCUGGCCAGGCACAGGAACGCCACGGGCCAGUGGAGACGGGAAUGGGAUGCCCAGAAGACUGACGGCUUGUUUAAGGAGGACCCAGCUGUGGCUGCAGAGGCCAUGCUGCCAGACCAGGGAGGCAGAAGGAGAGCCAGGGGGCGUGGCUCCCGCACGCAGCCUCACGGCAGGGCCUCAGACGAGGUGAAGGCGCCUCCCAAGGUGCCCACGUUCGGAGACUUCCUGGGGCAGGGUAGAGGACCCAGGGAGGGGGGCCGUGGAGAGCGGGGGAGGGGACGAGGACAGAGACAGAGCUACAGCAUGCACGAUAACCGCUGGGAGGUGGAGAAGGAGGAGGACGGGGAGAAGGAGGAGGACGGGGAGAAAGAGAAGGAAGACAAACCCAAGAAGGAGGAGAAGACUCGGAAGGAGGAAGCGAAGCCCAAAGCUCCCUCAUCACAAAAGAUGGAGGAGAAGAGUGGUGACGCAGAGGAGGAUGAGGAUGAGUGGGAGGAUGCCAGCGACGAAGAGGACGAGGAUAUGGACGGGGUUGAUGACUCGGAGGGAGACGAUGAGGGGGAUGAGGAAGGGAAAGACGGACUGUCCCCGACGAAGGCACCUCGCUCAGAAACCACAGCAGGGAAGCCCGCCGCCACCUCACCUCCUCCCUCCACUCCCCCCUCCGCAGCCAGUCCUAAAGAGCAGCGCACCCCGAGGCCCAAGGUCUACAUCCCCUCCCAACAGGAGGCUCAGGACUCCCCCGCUGGCCCCAAGCCCCUCAGCCCCUUCUCUCCCCUGGACGGCCACCAGCCUGUCACAGACUGGGGGGAGGAGAUGGAGAUGCAGUCCCCCCGGAGCAGUAUGGGGGAGAACCACCUGAAACCGCCUAGCACUGAGGGAAGCCCUGCCCAGGUUAAGGUCCAAGAAGACAACCGCAACUCCAGCCCCAGCCCAACCCCCAGUCCCAGCAAGCCAGCAGAGCCAGAGAAGGAGAGGGACACACGGACAGUUGUGGUCACUGCUGCUCCACCGGAGGAGACUCUGAUCCAGGAAAUAACUUCUGUAUCAUCAUCAUCAUCAUCAUCAUUAGAGCUUGUCUCUACCCCCACUGACCUCCCAGAGAAAGAGGAGACUACAACCACUCCACCAGCCCAAGAGACACCUGCUACCCCCACAGAGGAUGAGGAGGAGACCCCUGCCGCCACUCUUACCCCUGUCCUGGUGAUUGACCAGAGCCUGUCUGAGCUGGCCACUGCCCCAGAGAUGGCCCCAGACACCUCGGAACAGUCGUCUUCAGGCUGAGAGCUGCUCUGGGAAACUGACUUUUCAGUGCUAGUGGUUCACAGAUGAUGGUAGGAUGAGGAGAGAGGAGGGGAGAAAAUAAUGACAAGAAGAAAGGAAACCGGGCCUCGCACACCAUGACUGGAACAGCCAUCACAGACAUCCUGGAGGGACGUGGCCAGGCACCUGGCCUCCAAACAUCUCCCUCUCCUCAAUAAUCAGACCACAUAUGUUCUGUACUGUUUGAGCUGCAAGUUGCAUAGAAUAAUGAUACUGCCAUUCAUCUGAGCCACUAUGGUAAAUGGCUUAGGUUUUAUAGCAGCCAAUUAGGAUCUUACUGUGAUGUCAAGUCAACAAAGCCCCAACUUGUUUUUACCUUUUGAUAUAUGUGUAUGAUUUAACAAAUCAAAUUAUUACAUUUAGCGAAGACUCACAAAUAUGAAAUUCUCACCUCAAUUGUUCAACCUUGGCAUUUUAUUUUUUUUAACUCCAACUCUUUUGAAAGGUCAAAGAGACUGUUAUGCCUCUUCAACAUGGCAAAAAAAUACAUAUAUGGAAUGCUAACAGUUGAAAGAGCAUUCUCCUCCCUCAAUAUAGACAGCUUAUUGACUACAGUUUAUCCACACUUGUUUUAAUAGCCUUUACUUUAAAGAUUCCCAAACCCUCUCUUUGUGGAGUUUGUAUGAUUAGAGUUUGAUCCCCUUUAUCCUUAACUCAAUACAUUUUAGUUGUAUUUUGUCAUGAAACAAAUCAUGUGAACAAAUUUAAGCCAUGGCAUUGAAAAAUGUACAUUAUGUUUCCUAAUAAUCAUGUAACAAAGUUGGUUUAGAUUUGGGACCCCAAGAGGAGUGUAGUUAAAAUGAUAUUAGUUUAUUUUUAAGUGAGAUACACUGUACUUAACCAAGCACAGGCAUAAAGUGACCCUGACAAUGUUUGUUAAUAACCAUCCAAAGCUUUCCUUUCGUUUCUCAUUUGCGAUAGAUCGCUAGUGGCCUUUCUAGUUUUAGUCGAGGGGCAUCAGACAUGUACCAACAUGUACCAACAUGUACCAACAUGUACCUCAACAGACCAAGAUUUUGUUUAGAUUUUUAAGUCUCGUUGGCUUUUUUUUGCCUACUCUUGGUCAUGAACUCAAUCUGGCUCACCUAUAAUGAACACGAGCACAGAUAUUAAACUAUGCUUUAAUUUUAUUUCUUGAAAAGGAAUGAAGAGUUUAAAUGAAUUGAAUGGAUCAAGAACUCAAGGAAAUGCAAUAUGUAGUUUAGUAUUUUGAAUUCCAACUAAACAUUCCAAUGUUUUGUGUGGGAAAAAAGGCAUCUAUUUUUGUUCUUUGUGAUUUGCAUUUGGAUAUCCUCAUUCUUUUCCGUUUCUGAUGACUUAGUGAUUGUAUUACAAGCAUCAAAUUUUCCUGCACUUCUAAAAUGUCUGCGUUUUGAAUAUAAAACUACAUUAUUUGGGUAUGCUUUUGGAGUGGAGUGUAACUGGCCUGUCUAAACUAGCAUGAUCUAAAAUUCAAGACUUUGUUUAUCUGUUGAUUACCAUGAAUUAGUUUUUAUCCCAAGAUAUUGACACUUUAAUCAAUCAAGCAGAAGAUUACAUUUGAUAGCUUUUUCUUUAAGUAUUACAUUGUGAUUUGGCAGGAAAUUCAUUGUUUCAUACGCAACUGUCAAAUGUACAACAUGAAAUGUGUUCUGUUUAUUUUGCUUCUUAGUUUCCAUAUCAAAUAAAUGUAUGGUGGUCAGGUC